AACACAACCGCGCCUCUGCCUCUCUCCCUCCUCGAUCCUUCUCUGGCCGUGCCGACGCUGAUGAAGAACAAUUCCGGCGCGGCGCCGACAUCACCCGAGGAGGAGAAGCUGGCGGUGGCUGCAGCGGAGGGUCAUAUGGAAGAGGCGGAGCAGGAGGAGGCAGCACCUGUGGUGCUUAAGAAGGGGCCGUGGACGACGGCGGAGGACACCAUGCUGAUGGAUCACGUCAGGCGGCACGGCGAGGGGAACUGGAACGCGGUGCAGAGGAUGACCGGGCUGCUGCGCUGCGGCAAGAGCUGCCGCCUGCGUUGGACCAACCACCUCCGCCCAAACCUCAAGAAGGGAUCCUUCUCCCCCGACGAGGAGCUCAUCAUCGCCCAGCUCCACGCGCAGCUCGGCAACAAGUGGGCGCGCAUGGCUGCCCAUCUGCCGGGGAGGACGGACAACGAGAUCAAGAACUACUGGAACACGAGGACGAAGCGGCGGCAGCGCGCGGGCCUGCCGGUAUACCCGCCGGAGGUGCAGCUCCAGCUCGCCCUCUCCAAGCGCUGCCGCUACGACGAAUUCUUGCCGUUGGCAUCCCCGCGGCUAUCGGAGACCAAUGUCCAGAUGCUAGACACCGGCAACGCCUCCUCUGCUGGGUACACAACCUCCCGGCCGCCGCCGCUUGACCUGGCUCGGCAGCUCUCUGCGACGAACCAGACGUUGCAGUUCCUUUCCCCACCGCCCAUCUCGGCGCCGUCGUCCCCGUGGGCGAAGCAGUUCGCCCUGAACGCGCACUAUCUCCAGUUCGCGCACUCGUCGCCCGUGUCCCCAUCGACGCCGACCGGGUCGCUGCACCCAGUCACGCCGGACCUGUCCCUCAGCUACGGCGUGCGCAGCACUGAGCAAAGCAGACUCCCGCCGCUCUCGACGUCCCCUGGCCCCAGAGUGGAGCUCCCUUCAAACCAAUUCGGCCAGGCGAUGCCACCGUCCUCAGCCUCCGCCGCUGCCGCCAGCGGCUGCUUAGGCGGACGAGGGCUCCAGGAUCAGCCGAACGCGGCGAGCUUUGAGAAGAUGCUCCAGGAGCUGCAUGACGCCAUCAAGGUUGAUCCGCCGGAGCUGGCCCGGGCGAACGGAGAUGCGGAUCGCCCCGGCGGCGCUGUCCUGGAGCGUAAUGGCGGCAUAGAGAACAAAUCGGGAGGUCAGCUCAAGGACGACGACAUGGAUACGCUGUUCGACCUGAUGAUCCCGACGCUCAACGCACUGGAGACCGCACCGCCGGCCGCUGCACCCAACCACUCCAGCUCGACCUCCCAGCACAGCAGCGACGACCAGGACCCGUCCAACGUCGACCUCAGCGUCGACCUGCCGGUCGCCGGCGGCGCCACCUCGUCGGACCAGGACUGGAGCCUCGACGGCGUCUGCCAGUGGAGCAACAUGUCAAGGAUCUGCUGAUCGCUGCAACUGCAGGAUCGACGCAGUGUUUUAAGACAAGACACCCGAUGAUUCGAAGAAUUGAUUAAGGAGACCCUCUUUUUCUGAUUCUUUCUUGAUGUUGUCAGAUGUCAGGCACAUGGUGGUGCUAAUGUUACAUCGUGCACAAAUCUGCUUAUGUUCUGUUCUUGA